CUGGAUGUGACAGAGGCCUCGGUGUACUCAGGAGUUUGUACAGAGAUCUUCAAAAGAGAGUGUGUGAUCUUCCAGAAACCAGUCUACUGCUUUGUUCAUCUGAGCAUUCAGGAGUUUCUGGCUGCAGUCUACAUGUUCCACUGUUUCACCAACACGACAACAAAGGUCGUUGUGGACUUCAUGAGAACAGACUACACUGAGUCAUCUCUCAAUGUUUUCCUUAGACGAGCCAUGGAGAAAUCCCUCCAGAGUAAAAAUGGCCACCUGGACCUGUUUGUUCACUUCCUUCAUGGCCUCUGUCUGGAGUCCAACCAGAGAGUCUUAGUAGGUCUGCUGGGUCAGACAGAGAACAGUCCAGGAACCAUCCAGAGAGUCAUCAACAACCUGAAGGAGAUGAACAGUGAUGAAAUCUCUCCUGACAGAAGCAUCAACAUCUUCCACUGUCUGAUGGAGAUGAACCACCUCUCAUUAUUUCAGGAGAUCCAAGAGUUCCUGAAGUCAGAGAACAGAUCAGAGAAUAAACUCUCUGAGAUCCAGUGCUCAGCUCUGGCCUUCAUGCUGCAGAUGUCAGAGGAGGUUCUGGAUGAGUUGGACCUGCAGAAGUACAACACAUCAUUUUGGGGACGACAGAGACUGAUUCCAGCUGUGAGCAACUGCAGGAAGGCUCGACUGACUGACUGUGGACUCUCGGAUACUCACUGUGAAGUUGUGGCCUCAGCUCUGAAGUCCAACCCCUCCCAUCUGACAAAGCUGGACAUGAGUGUAAACGACAUGCUGGAUUCCUCAGUGAAGCUUGUGUGUGCUGGACUGGAGAGUCCAAACUGUCGACUGGAGACUCUGAGACUGAGUUGCUGUAACCUGUCAGCUAGAAGCUGUGAAUCUCUGUCCUCAGUUCUCAGCUCCCAGACAUCUAGUCUUAGAGAGCUGGACCUGAGUAACAACAACCUUCAAGAUUCAGGAGUGAAGCUUCUGUCUGAUGCACUGCAAAGUCCACACUGGAAACUGGAAACUCUGAGACUAAGUGGUUGUAACCUGUCAGGGAGAAGCUGUGAAGUGCUAUCCUCAGUUCUCAGCUCCCAGUCCUCUAGUCUGAGAGAGCUGGACCUGAGUAAUAAUGACCUACAUGAUUCAGGAGUGAAGCUUCUGUCUGCUGCACUGCAGAGUCCACACUGGAGACUGGAAACUCUGAGUCUGUCAUGCUGUCUGAUCACAGAGAAAGGCUGUAUUUCUCUGGCCUCAGCUCUGAAAUAA